GUAAAGAAAAGUGGAAGUCACGACGCUGCUACUUUCCUCCUGCUGCGCUAACGCCUCCGAGACGUCACUGAGCCAGCCCCCAGGGGAAAAACAAGCGAUCAGCAGCCUGCCAGAGCAGAGCUCGGCAGGCACCCUGCUCACCCAGCCCGGUGCUCGCAGAGGAUGCUGAGCCGGCAUGGCCCCCUCCGCCGCAGCCCUGGCACUGUGCGUGGCGCUGCUCCUCGCCCAGCGGACGGACGGUGAGCAGCUGGUGAGACCCACGCACGUGCGCUUUGCUGCGGAAACGGCACAUCACCUGCUGCGGUGGAAGCCAGGACACAACACCUCCAGUGAUGUCCGCUACGAAGUGCAGCACAAAGUCUACGGCACAAAUUUUUCCUGGACAGACAUUCCGAGAUGCAUGAAUAUCUCAGAGUGCUCCUGCGACCUCACGUACUACACCCUGGAUCCUGCCCGGCGCUACUACGCACGGGUCAGGGCCGUGUCCGGAAACCACACGUCCCCGUGGCAAAGGACCAACUCUUUCUCCCCACAAGAAGCCAGCCUGCGCCUGUCAGGCCAGAGCCUCUCUGUGUCGGGCAACACCAUCCACGUGGAGCUGCAGCUGCUCCUCAGGGCAGGGAACCUCACUGUGCGAUACGAGGACAUUCAGAAGCACGCAAGGCUUUACCGGGUCUACGUCAGGAGGGCACAGGACAAUCGAACGUAUGAAGUGGUGCAGACCGUCCCGGAGUUCAACAUCAGCAACCUCUUCUGGGACACGGAGUACUGCAUCAGCGUGGAGCCCGACGUGGCCAGCCGGUGCAUCCCUGCCACACGCACCGACGAGGAGUGCAUCACCAUCGGUGAGAGAGACAGGAGUGCAGAGCUUGCCCUGGGCAUUGUCAGCUCCUCCUUCAUCACCAUGUCGUUCUUGGGCCUCCUGGGGGCUCUGCUGGUGUGCACCUACGUAAAGAAACCCACGAGGCCGCCGCCGUCGGUCCUGAAGUCAUUCAUAAAGCAGAGCUCGCUCUGGGUGGAGCAGGAGUCCUCGUCCUCGGGCAGCCAGGAUGCAGACCCCGUCCAGCAGCUCUUCCUGUGCCAGAAGGAGCCCCAGCAGGAGAGUGGCCACAAGGGAAGCACUGGCACAGCCCAGCUGUCCCCGGAGAAGGGCUGGAAGCUCCCAGCACGGCCUGAGGACCGGCUGUGCCUGCUGGGGCCGGGGAGCAGAGACAGCAGCUGCACCAGCACCGACAGCGGCAUUUGCCUGCACAACUCCUCCUCCUUGGAACUGAGCUGCUCCUCGGGCCACGAGCCCCAGGGCUACAAGCAGCAGGUGCCCACCGGCGACGACAGCGGCGUGGGCCUGGAGAGCCCCUGCCCUCGCCCCACAUGCUCCUCCGGCAGCGGGAACGUCAGCCCGGCCGAGACCAGGCAGCCCCAGGGAGGGGAGCGCGGGCUCCCCCCUGACACCAGCCAGGACAGCGAGCAAGACGUGGAGUUCCGUGGGUACCUGCAGCAGUCCAAGGGCACGGUGGAGCCGAGGCAGGACUCAGCCAAGGGGAUGCUCUUCUCAGGCUGCGCAGGAUCCCCACAGGGCCCAGGCAGCGCUGACAUUGCGCUGGAUGUAGAGUGUGCCGAGCUGGCUGUGGCCAAAGGGUACUUGAAGCAGUCCUCUCCCGAGCAUCCCCGUCGCCAUGCACAGGACCUUGCUGCAUGGGGGGCCCCUCGGGAGCCCACUGCCUGGGACUUCUCCAGCCAGGUGGGGCCCGAAGCCCCCACUCUGCUGAGCUAUGGGGCUCCAGGUGCUCCCUUGGCCCCCAAAGCCGUCCCCGAGCUCCUGAAAACUCCCUUCGACCUGAGCAUCUUCAACACUGACCUCUGCGGGACGCUGCCCCUCGUCUCCAGCCUCAGCACCGACGAGUGGCUCACGCGUCAAAUCAACCCCCUGAGCCUUCUCAACGGGGACAGCAAGGACAGCCGCCUGUGAGCCACCCCCGGGCUGGGGAGCGAGCGCGCGCCAGCCCCCCACGCUGACCCAACUACCUCUUCUAGCCACUGACCACAGGGAGCAGCUACUCCGAUAAGCUACCGCCGACCCCCGAAUGCAUCAACCUGAGCGGUGCCCCGGCCGAGACUCGCCCGAGAAGCACCAGCUUGGCUACCUCUGGGGCUGCUUUGGCUCUGGUACCACCGUGGCCAGCCCCCGGCGUGCCCCGUCCCUUCCCUCCAGCCACCCUCUGGCAUAAAGCUAACAGGCACGAGGACAGGCUGUGCUGGGGGGGCUCAUCCCCCCUUCUCUGGCCACCAAGCCCAAGGAUACACACCAGGAUGUUUCCCAAAGGGUGAUCCUGCCUUCUCUACCUUCCCCAGCGGCCCAGCAUGGGGGAUACAGCCCCGGGGCUCAGGACCCGUGGAGCCCUGCGCUUCCCCUGCCCACUUCCCCCUCCCACAGGCAGGCACAGGGCUCCUCCAGCUGACGUACGCGCUUCCAACGCCAUCCAAACCUUUCACAACACACACACCAAAAGCAAAAGGCAGCCUGACGUCAGCCAUCCUGCUGCUGGGAGCGUGGAGCUCCUUCACCGGGAGGGAGCAAGGGACUUUCCUGACCUUACAGAGACCCUUCAGCCCCUACGGCAGAGACCCGGGACGCUGGCUACCUCCGACGGGGUGCAGGACGCAUGCCACACAAGCCCAGCAUGAGCCAGGGCAGCCCUGCCCACACUAUGGUCCAUGUUCUGCCACUAUUGCAUACAGAUGUUAUUUAUUCUAUUUAAUUUGUAAAUACAGAAAGGAUGUGGUGUUAUUUAUUUGGUCCACUCAUCUGUACAUCCCCUUCUGAGGUCAAGCUGCGCUUUCUGUUUUCAGAUGUGGACUUUCCCCUGCAGCAAAGGGCAACUUUGCCUUUGCCUCACACGGGGAAGAGUCUUUCCACACCGCAGCUGGAACAAACAAAAGGAAAAGCAAGCAAGCCAACUGGGAGCUUCACGCUCAGCUGAGGCCCAGGGUGGCUGUCCCAGGCGAGGGUUGUGUUGUAGGAGCCCACACCGGAGCGGCGGCAGGGAAAAGGGCCUGGGCAGCUCGCGGCGAUUUCACAGGGGUGCACUGGGCGUGCUGCGCGUCCCCCCUCCUUCCUGGGGACCAGGCACCGGGGAGGGACAGGAGCGUCUCCCGGGCAGAGUGGAACAAGUCAAAACCAGGGGGCAGGGGAACAGUUUCUGUGCCAGAUGGGAACGACUUACCAUGCACUACACUUGGCUGCUGCCAGGUCACUGGAGAGUUUUUCCAAAAGUCACUUAGUUUCCAAGAAACUUCACAGGGGAUAGUCCCAUUAGAACUGUUGAUGGAAACCCAUCUCGGGCAGUACAUUUUUUCGGGUGAAAACAUGAAUCACUGCAGGCAGGAGAAAGGAUGUUGAUGUAUCGCCGCGUUUCCUCCUGUUACGUCUGACUCGCGCUGAAGCCGCGCUCGCUGCGUCAGGCGGAGGCCCCGGCCGCUGCAGCGAUGCCAGCCCCGUGCAUCCUCCUGCCUUUCCGUUUUCCACUUCCACCAUCCCUUCUUCCGCUGGGUAUUUUGGGGGUUGGGGCUUUUUGCUUUCUUUUUUUUUCAGCUUCUUCUGAAAAAAAACUGAGUCAUCAAAACAAAGCAUGACUUCUUUUUCUUUUUAAAUGCUCCUGACGUCAAGCUCUGCGGCCGGAUCCCGUGCAGAGCCGGGUGCUGCCAGUUCCGGCUCACUGUGAAAGGCUCCAGCCGGCAGCAUCCAGGGGCUGACAGAAAUGACGUUUCCCUCCCCUCCGCAAGCAGCCAGGGCUCUCCUUUCAACGAAACUCAGAUGAGUUUGCCAGAAACCCAUGCACCAUGCACUUUGGCUUCGAUAGCCGAGAGCACAGACGGUCCCUCCGAUUCUCUGAAAAUCCCGCAUGCUCACAUUUUCCUGAACUAAGUCACAGCCUAAUGCACGGAGGACGUUCGGCUCCUCUCCUCCUCGCACCGCACCCCGGCUGCCCCAGCAAGGGGCUGCAAACACCUUUCCUGCCCCAGCACCGUCCCGUACAAGUAUUUCCAACCCAUUAUCAGCAAGGGGGGGCCGCAGAGCCCCCAGCACUGCUCGAACCCUGCAAGGAGCAGCACGGCAAAGGAGAAGGGAGGGGGCUCACUGCCAGCCAUCAGCUCGGGGUGCAGACUGGGGCUCUCCGCUCCGGCCUCACCAGUUUGCCUACACACAGCCGUGCGGUCUCCCGAGUUUCUCUUCCUUUUCCAGCUGAGAAAACAGUCUGCAAAGAAACAGUCCCAAGCCCCCACCUGCCGGGGGGGGCCGCAGCAACUUUUCUGGGCUGCUCCUGUGCUCCAGGCACUUCCCUGGCCAGUCGCCGUGCUGAGGUUGGAGGCGGCUGCCACGAGAAAGCCCACGGGGAGUUUCUGAGUUGUUUGCUUGCACUACCAAUGCAGAGGACAAAUUUCCACAUUGGUCCAGAUAUUUGACCGAGGAGGGAAGUCUGAAGCGGUCUCAUUUCCUUAUGGCAUUUUCCCCUAUUGCACAAAAUCAGCCAUCCAGUCCUGUGGCUCAUUGCCAUCCUUCUUAGCUGGCUCCCCGUGCUCUCACUGCCCUGUCCACCAACAGCCCGGCCCAAGGUCUCCUGGGCACAGAGUCGGCCAGUGUCGCUGAGCCAUGGGGAUCCGUGGGGAAGGCAGCUUUUCUCUCCAGGAUCAUGUGCUGAGGAAGCCUGGGAUAAGGCAGCGUGCUCUUCCUCCAGCUCAAGCAAGGGGAGGCUGAGCCAGAGCACGGGGAUGGGGAUGGCAGCCGGCCCCGGGCACCUUCCAGCGCUGCCCGUGGCCAGGGAGGGCCAGCAAGAGAAA